GCACAAUCACUCUCAAGUCUUAAAGCUGAGCUGAGUUUUCAUUUUCUUUCUCUUAUUUCUUCAUCAUUCACUUACAAAAGCAAAGAGAGAAAAAAAAAGACGAGAGAUGGAUCGAAUAAAACCUGAGUUUAUGAAGAAACUGACCAAGUUUAUAGUGAUUUCGAUAUGGGUUUCAUCUCUUUUAGUCACUCAUAAUUUCUAUUUAUGUAAACUCACAAUUCAACUCGUAACACACGCGGUAGAUAAGAUGUACAUGUUUCUUGUCUGCAAUGGUCUCUUAGUGUUCGUCGCUAAGUACUCUGGUUUAAUAUCUUCAUCAAAUUCUGUAGAGGAGAGCACCACUGAUCAAACCUUUGAUGAUCACCGAGACUUUGAUGGUUACGAUGAAAUGAUGAAGCUGGAGUAUUACUCUGUUCAUGAAAGAAGAACAAAGACUUUUCUUACAGAGGAAGUUAGUACACAAGACCAAGAAACCGAAGAAGAGAAAGAAGGUCAUGAAGACGAAGAAGAAGAAGAAGAAGAAGAAGAAUCUGAUGAGCCAUUAGCAAACAAUGGUGAUCUAGAGGAGGAGUGUGAUAUUAAUGGCGAAACUAGAGAAGAGGAAGAUGAUGUGGGAAUGGUGACGGAGGAAGAUAUGAACAAGAAGUUCGAUGAGUUUAUUAGAAAGAUGAAGGAAGAGCUUAGAAUCGAAGCCAGACGGCAACUAAUCCUUGUUUGAUCUCUAAUUAGUUUUGUUUAAGUUUAGUUUAACGUACGCAAUAAGUUUAAAGAGAGCGAGUUUUCUAGCCUCUUCUUCACGUCACUUGUACUUUUUAGCAAAUGGAAUCUUGUUUUAUAUAUUACCCUCGCGUUACAUUAUUUAUUGAAGUAGACCUCUC